CAGAAGUCAUUAAUUGAAUGCAUGGUGAAAAGUUUCCAAGACAAUUUUAAGGUAACCUUAAUGAAAAAAGAAAGAUUUUAAAUCUUUGUAUUGAGUAAAAAUCAACCCCUGGGAUGUAAAAGUGCUCAAAACUAAAGAAAUGCCUGUGUCUGUUUUUGUCUUGAUGUUUCAUGUCCUCUGUUGUCAGUGGCUGAAUGAAGAGAGGCUGAUCCAGAGACUCGUUGAGCUGAUACACCCUCACAGCGACAGUGAGACGCAGUCGAACGCAUCUCAGACGCUGUGUGACAUCAUCCGUCUGAGCAGAGAUCAGGCCAGUCUGCUGCAGGAGACGUCAGAGACCGACCCUCUGCUCACAACACUAGAGCUACAGCAGAAUGUCGAGGCACUAUUGAAGAACAUGUUUGAAGGGGAAAAGAGUGAAGUGUGCAUUGUCAAUGGAACUCAAGUUUUACUCACACUGUUGGAAACUCGUAGACCAGGUGUUGAGCAGGUGAUUGACCUGUGCUCUCAGGGAUUGGAAAAGUCUUACACUGUAAACAACAGCAUUUUAAUGGGCAUCCAACCACAUCUAAAGCACUUCCACCACCUUCUGUUAAACCCACCCAAGAAAUGUGUGAUGUUGACCACGAUGGGCGUUCUGGAGGAGCCGUUUGGCAACGCGCGACUGCAUGCAUCCAGACUGAUGGCUGCUCUUCUGUACACCAGAGCUCCCAGAAUCCACCUCGAGCUCUGCCAACUGAACAUGAUCAACCUGCUGCUGGUAUUAGUCAUUCUUAGUCUAGUCAACAAAUAAAUAAAAUGUU